AUGCUCAAAGAUUGCAUUUUUAUAUUUUACUACGUCAUAUUAGUUGCAGUUGGAUUAGUAUUUGCACCGGAUUAUUCUGUUCACCCACAUUUGGCUGCUGAGACAAUAUUUCACUUUGUGAAAUUUGUGUUACCUUGUGUCUUAAUGGAGCUGACAAAGAGUGAAGUGGAGAAGAUAAGAAUCAUUUUCGUAGAGAUAACUGCACUAAGUUCAGAUAGCAAAAUCAGCGCUAUAGCAGAAGACGCAUUAAAGUUCCUAGAGAAAGUUCCGUUCGAGUUUACGCUGUGGCGCUUCGCAUCUGUCAAUAUUCGUUUGCCACUUCAAUUCUUGGGCCUUAUGACUACUUACGUCAUUGUCUCUAUACAAUUUAUGCAUGUGUUUGGAUAA